CCAGAAGGCGCGACUACAUCGAAAAUAGCCUCCUUUCUACUGCCCUUGCAUCUGAAUAAGGAAAGUUUGGGGUUUGGGGCGUGGGAUGCCGCUCAGUUCAUCGACGUGACGGCCGGUGAGAUAACGACCCACCCGGUCUUAUCUUCAUGUCUGUAUCCCCUAACUCUCGCCAUCACCUUUCGUUAAUAUCCCUAUCCCUUCCAUGAUGAGGACCGUAAUCUGAAGCACGGCCUACUUUUUCUCUUCGUUGAAGCGUCCAGACGAACUUAAUAUUCUCCAACUUCUCGAGCUCAGUCUUCCAUAUCAUGACGAGCAAAGAAAUCCCCUAUGAUGUCUGGCAGUGUAUCUCUGCUUUCGUCCCAGAAUCCCAGUUGGCGGAGCUGUUCGCAGUGAACCGUGCCUUUCAUCGUGCCGCUAUGAAUGUCCGAUACAGGCGCGUAGAAUUCAAUGCAUUCAAUGAUCACAAGAUGUGGCUCUUGGAGCGGCUGAGGGACCCGGUCGUAGCCAAGCGCGUCCAUACCCUUCACGUUGAAACGUGGUCCGUGUUUACCUCCCACUACCUCCGAGGGUUGACUAUCUAUUGCUCGGACGAAAUCAUUCGAGCCAUGAUAGGUGCUGUGCAAGGAAUGACAAACCUCCGCGAAUUACAUAUACACUGGCGGAACCAUCUUUUCUCCCAAGACCUCGUACCGUUUUUCACCACAGUAUGGGAACUAAAGGCCGACAUUCACCGCCUCGUUCUAGUGGCGCCGCUCGGGCGCUUCCGCACCCUUCUCUCCACCGCAACCCGCAAGUUCAGACAUUUACGGCAACUCGAAAUCGUAGUGCAGAAGGACAGCUUUUCUUCCGCCGCAGAUGACAUGAAUGCGGCCAAUGUCCAGCAGGACAUUUUCACACCGUUCAUCAAUAACGCACAAGAAACGCUUCAAAGUUUGUUCAUCAAGACCGUAUCCGGUGUUGAUUUUACACCGGUCAUUGCCUCUUUAGGUUACUUUCCGUGUUUGCGUAAACUGGCGCUUGUGAUUCCCCCACCCGGCGAAAGCCUUGUCCAAAUGCUCAAUGCUCACGCAGAGACGCUCACCCAUUUCGAGUGGGCAAUGUCCUCGCUCGACCCAGAUGUUAUGGACUCGGAGGACGUCGACGAUGCAGUGGAAUCUCUCACUUCGAAUGUUGACUUUGUCGACAUGGAUACGCUGGGAUUGUACAUCACCCAACGGUGUUACCCCAUCGCGCUUAAAUGUAUAUCGAAGAACGCCCAAUCUCUAACCAGACUUCAUAUCGAUGGUCUGUUGAUGCGAGAUGGCCAGCUUGAUAAGUUGACGGGACUACUUGGGAGCUCGUGCUUGAAAACUUUGAGCAUUACGGUGGAGACACUCAGUCUUGAUGCCAUCGAGAUUUUAUCUCGUUUGCCACCCAGUCUGAAAUCUCUGUGUCUUGGAUUUAGGAACAUCAAGCUUCCCCAGGAGCCGUCUACACUACCACCGUCUACGCUAUCCAUUCAUCAACUUACUGAACUCGAUAUACGAGGAGCAUAUCUCUCGCUAUCCCAUCUGAGCGUCGUUUUGUCUGCUUUUGCGCAUUACUUCCUGCUCUCAGGCCUUGAGAGUCUUAAUGUUGACGUUCAGAGUCUGAACCCCCAGCUGAUCGAUCUGCUUGCUACUUGCCUCCCAUCGAUGUACUCGCUAUGGUUACGCAUCAUCGAGCUUACUGGGGAGAACGACGAGGAUGAUCGUUGGUUAACGAAACUGGGCGCCUUCACGACUGAUAUGAAAGGACGGUGGUAUCCUAAAUGGAGACUCGAAGAUGUGCGGAUCACUUCAACGUAUUUUGAUGCUUCGAGACCCGGAGAAGCCGUAAGAUUGACGGAACAUACGGAGAUUGUUGAAGUGUUGGCGUUAUCGAUACCAGCUAUGCGAUGAGAUACAACAAAGCUAUAUUUUUAUAAUGUGUUAACUGGAAUUAAUGCUACAUUUACUUAGAGG